GUGAGAUGUAGGCGGGUUCAAAUAUGAGUGGAGGCCAUCUUGAACGCUCGGUUUAGUCCGACAGACCCCCUCGUAGUCAGCUAAAAAUUGAUUCCACCUCUCAAACAUCACAAAGUGAACCGGUUAUCUCAGUCAUCCGAGGGUUGGAAAAAAAAACCUCAGAAAGGACGAAACGGCUGAGUUGAGCCAAACAAGAUGGCUAGCUGAGCGCUCUUGGUGCAUGGUUUCCCACAAAACAAAGGCAUAUUACAUUUAUGCUAAGCCCAAAUUUGCUGAAGGAAUACAUGCUUAGCCAUUUUUUUUUCUUGAGCUCGCAAAGAAGCUUUUCUCUCUUGACUCUUGGUGAAAUGUUCCACAAAGAACUAUACUGUUGAGGAACCUGCUGAGACAAAGAUUUGAAUAAAUUACAUUUGGAUAAUUACUGUAAUCUAAAAGAGGGAAGGACAAUCCUCAAGUUCCACAUUUUCCCAGUGGAGGGGACUUGCUUUCUCCAGACACAGUAAAACAUUUCACUGUUAUAGGGACAGAAAGGUAAAGUCAGGUAGACAUGAGCACCGCCAGGACAGAGAACCCAGUGAUUUUGGGCUUGUCAAACCAGAAUGGACAGCUCAGAGGCUCGGUGAAGCCUGCUGGAGGACCAGGUGGAGGCGGAGGAGGCCCCCAACAACAGCAUAUUAGCCAGAUGAAAGGCUCCAGCACAGUUAACAAUGGUAACCCCCAGCCAGCACCCACAUCUAACACUGUCAUCAAGCCUGGAGAUGACUGGAAGAAAAAUUUGAAAUUACCCCCAAAGGAUAUGAGGAUGAAGACUUCGGAUGUGACUGCAACUAAAGGCAAUGAGUUUGAAGAUUAUUGCCUAAAGAGGGAGCUUCUCAUGGGAAUCUUUGAGAUGGGCUGGGAAAAGCCAUCCCCAAUCCAGGAGGAGAGCAUUCCCAUUGCACUGUCAGGAAGGGACAUCUUGGCCAGAGCCAAGAAUGGCACGGGAAAGAGUGGAGCCUACCUCAUUCCCUUACUUGAACGCAUUGACCUGAAGAAGGACUGCAUACAAGCACUGGGCAUUGUGCCCACCAGAGAGCUGGCUCUGCAAGUGAGCCAAAUCUGUAUCCAGGUCAGCAAACACAUGGGUGGGGUGAAGGUUAUGGCCACCACUGGUGGAACCAACCUGCGUGAUGACAUCAUGAGACUUGAUGAAACAGUACAUGUGGUCAUUGCCACUCCUGGGAGGAUUUUAGACCUCAUCAAGAAAGGAGUGGCCAAAGUCAAUCAAGUGCAGAUGAUCGUUCUGGAUGAGGCUGACAAACUCCUGUCUCAGGACUUUGUAGUUAUGAUGGAGGAGAUACUGGGCUUCCUGCCUAAACAGAGGCAGAUUUUGCUUUACUCUGCAACCUUCCCGCUCAGCGUUCAGAAAUUUAUGAAUUCUCACUUGCAGAAGCCCUAUGAGAUCAACCUGAUGGAGGAGCUUACCCUGAAGGGGGUGACUCAAUAUUAUGCCUAUGUGACUGAAAGGCAAAAGGUCCAUUGCCUUAACACGUUGUUCUCCAGGCUCCAGAUCAAUCAGUCAAUAAUCUUCUGCAACUCCUCUCAAAGAGUGGAGCUACUGGCCAAGAAGAUCUCCCAGCUUGGCUACUCAUGUUUCUACAUCCAUGCCAAGAUGAGACAGGAGCAUCGUAACCGUGUGUUUCAUGACUUCAGAAAUGGCCUGUGCCGGAAUCUAGUCUGCACUGACCUCUUCACAAGAGGAAUUGACAUUCAAGCUGUGAAUGUUGUGAUCAACUUUGACUUUCCCAAGCUGGGAGAAACAUACCUUCAUCGCAUUGGUCGAUCUGGCCGUUUCGGACACUUGGGUCUUGCCAUCAACCUGAUCACUUAUGAUGACCGCUUCAACCUGAAAGGCAUUGAGGAGCAGCUUGGAACAGAGAUCAAGCCAAUUCCCGGCAUCAUUGACAAGAGCCUAUAUGUGGCAGAAUACCACAGUGAAAGUGGAGAAGAAGUCAAGCUGUGAGCAAAUCAGUCCAUCCUCCAUACCCUUUCCCCUCUCCCCCUACCGUGUCUUGGACUCUUCUUUCUUUAUUUUUUUUCUUUUCCUUUUCUGUUUAUGUACAGCUUCCGUCUGUCUUCCUUUUUCGGACGCCACCAUAAGGAAUGUGUAUUUUGAUGGAUACGUUUUGGGAAGAACUCAUGUCCCUUUUUAUUGGGCUCUCUGCUGCACCGCCACACCCUGAAGACAAGCACUGGAAGGAAAGCAGGGGACCAAGUUGAAAAUAUAUCAAUGCACAUCCUGACGAUUCAUAUCCACCACCGACGCGAUGCCAGCACCAACAGACCCUUAUCUUGUGCCCUCCAUUCUCCACUUUUUUAUUUUGAAACUUUUCAGCAAUUUGUAUCAAGUGCCUUAACAAGCAGUUUAACUUGUUCUAAAGUAAUAACCCUUUGUCCUACAUCAUCUUGCUCACUUCGUACCACAAAAUCACAUUCACCUAAUUGAAAAUUUCUUUCACUAAUUUAAUGUCCAGCCGCAUAGGUGAAUUCAUAACUGCUUUUAGGUUGGGUCAUCCAAUUGUUGGGAAUAGAGAUAAUUAGGACGGGGCUGGUCUGAAUUAUCUUUUUGCUGGCCUCGCUGCACAUGAGUCUGGCUGCUGUGUGAGGACUAACUUGGAUAUUCCAUGGACAGAGAUGCUGGAUUUUUUUCCAAGAGACAGCCAGAGACUGUCCGGUUGCUCGUGAAGAAGCAUAUGCUUCUAAAAGACCCAGAUCCUUUCCUCCUCCGUCUUCAGUAUUGGAACACUAAAAAUUAAUAAGCACUCUGCAGCCUCUCAACAUCUUGAGUCAUGAGGAUUCCUGCUUUGGAGCAUAAGGGGAGGGAAAGCUAUGUUUGUUUGUUUGUUGUUUUUUUUUUUUUUAAUCUUUUUUUUCCCCCCUUGUCUUCUGUCGUUUUCACCUUCCUAUGGAUGGCCAUACUUUAUUCUGCGAGAUGUGCAGCCAACGUGUGGCGCACUGUACACCUUGUAUAUACCUUCAUUUUAAGAUUGUUUUAAACAAGUUUGAAAGGCUGGCUGACAAAGUGAAAAGCUUUUUUUUUUCUGGUAAGCACUGGAGACCGUUUCCUUAACUGCCAGAGUAUCUUUGGAAUCUGCAAUAUUGGCCUGUGAAUUUAUUUAUAAUUUUAGAAAUUGCAGACAUUAGGAUCUACAAUAUUUGAAUUUACUAUGUGCAUGAAAUGUUUUUUUGAGACAGUUCAUCACAUGUUUUAGCCCAUCCAAAUUUGAUGGUGAGUGCAAUCAUUUAAAGCUGCACUUGUACUAAGAUUGCCGAUUGUUUAAAUUAUUGCCCUCAAUUAUUCUCCUUUGUUACCAGUGUUAUCAAGUUUCCAUUCUAGACAGAUGGCUUUGUCAAGCUUGUGCAUUUGAAUAAUGAAUUUUCUGUUGUCACCAGCCUUAACUUGUUAAACUGACUCAUGAGACACUCACCAGGAUCUCCAGUCAAAGUGAGUGUCAAUGUUGAAAGAGAAAAUAAUGUUCUAUCAUGUAGUAGUACUACUCGCUGCAGUGCAGCUGAAUUGGCAGAGAGGAUUUCUGUUUUCUGGGGAGGUGUUAGCUGUUACGUUGAUCUUUGUGCUCUUUAAGCACUGGUACAUUACUUUGCAAAUGUUUGGGAGGAAGAUGUCCCCCACCUCCCCCUUUUGAAGAAUGUUGGCCUAAUGUAUCAAAAUGAACCAUCUGACCUAAAAUGUAGCAGGAAUUCAUUCUCUGUGCAUUGCAAGUUAGCCGGCUUUACUAAAAACCGGUUGACAAAAGAUGCUGCACAAAAUUAAGACUUUAGCAGGGUGGGCUGCACUUACGUGAAGUACAGAGAUAUGGGUUCAGGCAAUAACACUGACUGCACUGCUUUUUGUACACUCAAAUAGCCCAAAUGGGAGAGAAGUGUAUGGUGGUGUGGAACAUAAUGUUGGGAGGGAUGGGGAACAGGCAUGAAGAUUACAAAAUUGCCGUUAGUGGGACUGCAUGUAAAACCAGACAUUUGGUACCUCGAACUUCUGAGAGUAUGGCUUACACUUAUGCCCUGUAUUGCAUAGAUAUUUGGGGGGGUUGGGAUACAAUGGCCUGUGGUAUUAUUAUAUAAAAUAAUUAAAGUCUCCAUUUUGCAAGAAGGUUCUUUGACCAUUUGGUCAGCUAGAGCGUUUUUGCAAGUUAAAUUUCCUGUAACCACGAUGGUGAGAUGCUCUUUCUUGACUUGGUUCUAAUCAUUGAGAAAUACCGUAACAUGUAUGGAUUGGUUAGUUAAUAUUUAUCACUGAGUUUCUCAAUGGUUAGGACAAUGAUCCCUGUUCUCUCUAUUCUAUUGUAGUCCCCACACACAUACUUCAAGUUGGCUGUUUUUUUGUUUUUGGGAGGGGGGUGGGAGGGCAAUAAUUAAUGCUGAAGUAAGAAAUUAUGCAUUAGAUGAGCGAACAGGGGUCAAAUUGCAGGCACUUGGCAGCUGUCUGUUCCUUGUCAGGCCACUGGUUGUGAUAGCCAUAGCUUAUGUUUUCAGUGCUGGAAUCUGAUCCUUCAGGAUUUGGUUUUGUUAUGCUCUUUGUGAAGGGAUACUGCUUCACCUCCAGUGGCCUGUGUUUUGAGUAUCUUGAAGACUGAGACGAGAGCAUCUUGCCCCAGAUUGGGUGACUCUAAUUGGAUUUGUUUUUUGCAAAUAAAUUGUCUCACUCUUUAAGGUUUAUCUUUUUUUUUUUUUUUUUUUUUCAAUUUGUGGGUGGGAUAACUUGUAUUUGCUGCCCUGAUGCAGAUAUUUAUCCUGUUGUGAUGUUUUGCAACACAUUGCACACAACAGUUGUGCACAAUUUGGCAUGUCCCAUCACUCGCCUAUCAAGGAGGAUUUGAGAGUUGUCCUUUUGGGAUUCCUUUCAAAAUUGAUGCAUCAGUAAAAUGUCAUGCGGAGGGGUUGUUGGGCAGUUCUAAGCAGGAGAACAUGGUCUAAGAAUCCAAAAGUAAGGUUCUGGGUAUGAAAAAGUUUCAAAAAGCUCCCCUGAUAUUUGGAUGCUUUUUUUUUCUUUUGUUUAAAAUAAUGUGGUUUCAGAAGAAUAGACCUUGCUUAAAAACAACUCCAAAUUUAAGAGAAGCAAAACCUUUUAUGUUUUGUUCCAAUAGCAAUUUGGCUGUUAUAGAAUUGGCAAUUUUUCAGUGAAGCAAGUUUUACAAUGAACUUAUGUUUCAAAGAUGUUAUGGUUAUUAUUGGACAUGAUUGAAAGUUUUUGUUGAAAAUAAAGCUCACUGAAAUUCA